UGUGUUUGGUAUAGUAACCCAAACUGUGCUCUGUUACAGGCAAUAAUAGGCUGUAUGGCCAGCGGAAGGGGGUUGAUCGAAGCACACUUGGAUGGUCCACUAUGGAAGAUGAACAGAAUGAGGGGAGAUCAUGGACAUGAACGCGAGAGGAGUACGCAUAUGGAGGCGGGGGUUCAGCUCGGGAUGCGGAGUGAGGAGGAGAGACUUAAGACUUUCAAAAACUGGUCCAGAGAUGCGCCGGUAAGCCCUGCGGAGCUGGCCCGGGCGGGGUUUUUCUAUCUGGGAUGCGGUGAUACGGUGCAGUGCUUCUGCUGUGAUGGUAUACUGAGACACUGGGUUAAUGGAGAUACCCCAUUGGGCGAACAUGAGAGGUAUUUCCCCACAUGCGGCUUUGUGAUAGGCAGAGAUGUGGGCAAUGUUCCGCUGGGCUCGUCUGAUUCUGUGGACGGACUGCUUUUGAGUCAACUGCAGCGGCUGACCGUGGACGAACAGGUGGUGUCCGGGCAGGCUAUGUACCCGGAGAUGGAGUCAGAGGACAACAGACUGGCCACCUAUCACAACUGGCCCACCGGAGCAUCAGUGCAGCCCGACACACUAGCGCGAGCUGGCUUUUUCUAUACAGGUCAUGGUGACAAUGUAAAGUGUUUCUUUUGUGAUGGCGGUCUGAGGAACUGGGAACCAGGAGAUGAGCCUUGGCAAGAACACGCCAAAUGGUUUCCACAAUGUGAAUAUUUGCUUCAAUCCAGAGGACGGGAAUAUGUGAGCAACGUCCAGCAGUCUUACUUCAACAUGAGUGAGAGAGUGGGUGGAUCACUAUCAUCAACUGUAGGGAGUGUGAGCUCAGAGGUGUUGGGUGAGCAGAGCUCAGUGGCAGCAGCAGCGAUGUUGUCUCCUGUUGUGCAGGCGGUGCUGCAGAUGGGCUUCCAGCACUCAAUGGUGGAGAGUUUGGUGCAGUCACGCUAUCUUCUCACUGGCUCACACUACACCUCAGUUUCUGACCUGGUGACCGACGUCCUGCAGGCUGAGGAGGAGGAGAGGCAGGCAGGGGAGCCCAGACCAGAGACUGUGGAGAGGCAGGGCAGCAGUGCAGGUGGGAAGAGAACGCAGGACACAGUCAGGGAGAAAGUGCGAUCAGACAUGAGUCCAGAGGAGCAGUUGAGACAGCUCCAGGAAGAGAGGACCUGUAAGGUCUGCAUGGACAAACUUGUCUCCAUGGUCUUCAUCCCCUGUGGCCAUCUGGUCGUCUGCACAGACUGUGCAGCUAGUCUGCACCACUGCCCCAUCUGCAGGGCAGUCAUCCGGGGGAGCGUUCGAGCAUUCAUGUCCUAAAGCUCUGAACUGAAAUGUCUUUAACAAGAAUCAUACUGCAUAGUCUGAUUAAUGCUGAGAAAGAUUCUACAGAUAUUAUUUUCAGCUGCCAAAUCAGCAGUGCUGUUGACAUAUUGGUGGUGCUUGAUAAUCGUGCUUUUUGGCCAUUUUUUAAAGGAAUAGUUCUCCCAAAAAAUUCUAAUUCUCUCAUUAUUUACUCAGCCUCAUCUGCAUGCUAUUUAUUAUUAUUAUUAUUAUUAUUAUUAUUUGCCUGUGUAACUCAAAAAGAGAUUUUUUGAAGAACCUUCACACAGCACUUUUCCAUGACGUGAGGGUGACUAAAUGAUGACAAAAUUAUAAUUUUUGGGUGAAAAUGCUUUUCAUGCUUGUAAGUUAUUGAUAAAACAUUUUUAUUUUUGUGUCAUGUCAGCAUAAGCAGUUUCUUUUCUUUUUUUAAAAUUUGAAUAUAAAAUGUAAAAAAAAAUAAACAGAUGGUAUUUUAUAGGAGAGCAUAUUAUAUUAUUAUAAUCAUUUAUUAUCAGUUUAUAAACACUGUACUUAUAUUUUCAUUAAUAAAAAUGAUUUGCAUUA